GAAGUCUGUCUGGGCUCCUUGUUUGGGAAGUCUGUGGGAGGAGAAGAGACCAACAGACUAUAUAGCCAAACAGUUUCCAGAUUUUCAGUGCACCAUCCCGGAGCAGCAAACCCCAGCAAAGCCCAGUCAGGGAUUCGUAUUUGAGAGGCUUGAGAAAGUUGUAAUAAAAGAUGUGCGACGAGGAAGACACAACUGCACUGGUGUGCGACAAUGGUUCUGGAUUAUGUAAAGCUGGCUUCGCUGGGGAUGAUGCUCCGAGAGCCGUUUUCCCUUCAAUCGUGGGUCGUCCCAGACAUCAGGGUGUGAUGGUUGGUAUGGGUCAAAAGGACAGCUAUGUAGGUGAUGAAGCACAAAGCAAAAGAGGUAUCUUGACACUGAAGUAUCCCAUUGAGCACGGCAUCAUCACAAACUGGGAUGAUAUGGAGAAGAUCUGGCAUCACAGUUUCUACAAUGAACUGCGUGUGGCACCUGAGGAACACCCAACCCUUCUAACUGAAGCUCCACUCAAUCCCAAAGCAAACAGAGAAAAAAUGACCCAGAUAAUGUUUGAGACAUUCAAUGUACCAGCAAUGUACGUUGCUAUCCAGGCGGUGCUAUCUCUCUAUGCUUCUGGCCGUACAACUGGUAUCGUACUUGACUCUGGUGAUGGUGUCACCCACAAUGUACCAAUUUAUGAAGGCUAUGCCCUUCCUCAUGCCAUUAUGCGUCUUGACCUGGCUGGCCGUGACCUUACAGACUACCUCAUGAAGAUCCUGACUGAACGCGGCUAUUCAUUUGUAACUACUGCUGAGCGUGAAAUUGUCCGUGACAUCAAGGAGAAACUGUGCUACGUAGCUCUGGACUUUGAAAAUGAAAUGGCUACUGCUGCCUCUUCCUCCUCUCUUGAAAAGAGCUAUGAACUUCCGGACGGUCAGGUCAUCACCAUAGGCAAUGAACGAUUCCGAUGCCCAGAGACUCUCUUCCAACCAUCCUUCAUUGGUAUGGAAUCUGCUGGUAUUCAUGAAACAACCUACAAUAGCAUCAUGAAAUGCGACAUUGAUAUCAGAAAGGAUCUCUAUGCCAACAAUGUACUGUCUGGAGGUACUACCAUGUACCCUGGAAUUGCUGACAGAAUGCAGAAGGAGAUCACUGCCCUAGCCCCAAGCACAAUGAAAAUUAAGAUCAUCGCUCCUCCCGAACGCAAGUACUCUGUUUGGAUUGGUGGAUCUAUCCUUGCUUCCCUGUCUACCUUCCAACAGAUGUGGAUCAGCAAACCAGAAUACGAUGAAGCUGGACCCUCUAUUGUUCACCGCAAAUGCUUUUAAAUGUCCUUUCCUUUUUUUAUAUAUAUAUAUAUAUUAUUUUCAAUUCCAACAUGUAACUGUGAGUGUACUUAGUUGUACAUGCCCACCAUUUCAUUCCAAAAUAUGUCUUAGGCUCUGAUUGGAUACAAGAUAAUGUUUUUUUUGUUUGUUUUAUUUUGAUUAAAGCUUAAAAUAUGCUACCAGUAACAAAA